AUGUUGAGGCACAUCCACACAGAACAGCAACAACACCGAUUACAACAUGCGUUUUUGCUGAUCUCGUCUUCAACCUCUGAGGAUCAUAGACUACCAACAGCGACAUCAGUGUCGAUAGUGGAGACAGCUCAGUCAGCAGGGCGCAAACCUACUAAGCAGAAGAGCCAUGGUUCGAACACAACCUCUGCAUCUCGACUGCUCUUGUCCGGGCCUCGAAAACUCGACAUUAUGUCAUUCCUGGUGCUUCCUUUGGAUGACACGGCAGCCGUGCGCCUAAGAAUGUUAAAUCUGAAGGAUCAUUAG